AUGGAAAAUGGGGGCGGGAUCUCUAAUCACAAGAAUGUUCACAUAAAUAUUUCAUCAAUAAGUUUUGUGAUACUUUUCAGUCAACAUAAAUUCAAGUUUCCUUUUUGGUUUUCAUCUUGGGAAAUUUAUGGACGAAAACACUACAAUGAAAUAAUUUCAAGGUCGGAGAUGGUUUACUUUAUUUGUCACUCAGAAAAUUGA